AUGUCUGCACCGAACCAAGGCCGUCAGUCACCAGACCCUGAGCGACAGACCGGCGCUCAGCAGCAAGAUCAUCCCUCCCAGCCGGGCAGCGGAAAGCUCGACAACUCGCAAAGCAAGAAUGAAGGCAAAGAUGACCAAACCGCCAACCUCACAAGCAACCCGAAGCAUAUCCUUCAAGAUCAUGCCGAGACAAAGACAGGCAAGGGUACGGGGGCAUCGAGCUAG